AUGUCUGCUCCCUUGUCCAAAACAUACGGAGCGGUAGCCAUUGGUGCUCUCUGCGCUUCUGUACUUUCAGGCGCAGUCGCCAUUCAGACGAUCCUUUAUUAUAAAUUCUACCCGUCUGAUUUCUUCAGAGUUAAACUCCUCGUCUUCAUCAUAUGGUUCCUCGAUAUCUGCCACACCACGUUUAUCGGGAUCUCAAUCUGGGACUGCUUCAUCGUCCACUUUGCUCGUGCGUCCGUAGGAGCAUCGCAAACCACAGGUGACCGUCGUGGAAACAGCACUCCUAACGUUCCUAGUCCACUGCUUCUUUGCCCACCGGAUAUUUAUGCACGCAACUGGCUGCUCACAUGUCCUAUUCUGAUCGCUGCGACCUUACGUCUUGGCUCUGCUUGUGUGUCGACGUCAGAAAUGAUUCGUCUAAAAACUUACUCUGGAUUCAUAAAAGACUGCGGAUGGGUGUUCACACUAGGCUUAUCCAUGUCGUCUGUAGCUGAUAUUCUAAUCACUGUAUCUCUCUUCGGUCUGCUUCAAACAAGUCGUACCGAGGCUGAGAGCAUCAAUGCCAUCAUCGAUUCGCUGAUCCUUUACACCUUUGAGACGGGAUCUCUCACGUGUGCAGGGACUAUUGUUGACAUGGCCUUGGGUAUCGAUGAAAUCGAAUCUCGUCUUCCUGGGUAUACAUUUCGUUAUUGGGAAGUGUACGUCUACGUUGAUCCCGUAGACUAUCUCACUCACCCUUCCAUGAAAGUGUAUGCAAACUCGCUAUUGGUGACGUUAAAUACUCGUCGUGGUCUCCGCCCAGGACAGACGAUUUAUUUCGCUCGGAAUCCCGAGGAUGGCGGUGGGCUGGUGUUGGAUGCACGUCGUAACACGACACACUUAAGCGACCCCGAGUUUGCUAAAGUGACCGAGCUUCAGAUUAACGUGGAGCGGAGCGUUCAUUGUACGACCGAUUUUAACUUGAAGAUGGAGCCUGAGCAUACGACAGCCGAUGGGAGCGAGAGUGUAGCGGAAUGA